CUGCUGACAAACUGAUCAAGAUUUGGGGUGCAUUUGAUGGCAAAUUUGAAAAAACUAUCAGCGGUCAUAAACUGGGUAUAUCUGAUGUGGCGUGGUCCACUGAUAGUAAAUUAUUGUGUAGUGCUUCUGAUGACAAAACGUUGAAAAUUUGGGAUUUUGCCACGGGCAAGUGUAUGAAGACCCUGAAAGGUCAUAGUAACUAUGUGUUCUGUUGUAACUUCAAUCCACAAUCUAACCUUAUUGUCUCAGGAUCAUUUGAUGAGAGUGUAAGAAUAUGGGAUGUGAAGACUGGGAAAUGUUUAAAGACUCUACCAGCCCACUCUGACCCAGUUACAGCAGUUCAUUUUAACAGAGAUGGUUCCCUUAUUGUAUCUAGUAGUUACGAUGGUUUAUGCCGUAUAUGGGAUACAGCCUCUGGUCAGUGUUUAAAAACGUUAAUAGAUGAUGAUAAUCCACCAGUAUCAUUUGUUAAGUUUUCACCUAAUGGAAAAUACAUAUUAGCUGCCACUCUAGACAACACAUUAAAGUUAUGGGAUUACAGUAAGGGGAAGUGUUUAAAAACCUACACUGGUCACAAGAAUGAAAAGUAUUGCAUUUUCGCCAAUUUCUCAGUCACUGGUGGAAAGUGGAUAGUAUCCGGAUCUGAAGACAACAUGGUGUAUAUCUGGAAUUUACAAACGAAAGAAAUAGUGCAAAAAUUACAAGGACAUACAGAUGUGGUUUUAUGUUGUGCCUGCCAUCCCACAGAGAACAUCAUCGCAUCAGCAGCUCUAGAGAACGACAAAACUAUAAAACUGUGGAAAAGUGACGUAUAGCAUUUAAACGCAUAUAUCUCAUAGUGUCAUAACUUAUAACUGGGGCAGCUGUUCACGUAGCACCCAUUACAUUACCAUCGUCAUUAUUGUGGAAUUGUUGUUGCCCGGGGCAAAGCAUCAUAGUGAAAUUAUAAAUGUCAACCCGCGAUCAAACCGGAUAAAACGUGCUCAAAAUUGUUCACGCCUCAAGAUGUACUCGUGCAUUUUUUGUAUCGUCAUCAGAAUCACCCCAAAAAAGACUCUUGAGUAACUGGAGUGUGACUGGAACAGCUUUAAUUGUUAAAAAUGCAGUUUUGUGAAGAAUAUUUAUGAUACCGGAUAGAAUUUCACUGAAAUGGAGUUAAUUUAUGUGUGGAAUGAAGUCUAAAUUGAAAUUCAGAAUUCUUGCAAGUUUUUUUUUUUUUUCUACAUAAAAUCAUGUACAUGUACAGUGUAAAGAAAUAAAGUAGAAAGUAAAUGUCCUAAAGGAUGACAUCAGGCCACCUUUACAGAUUACUUCCGACUUUGUUGAAUGUUUAAGUUCUAGAGUUAGAAACUGAAAACUGUCACCGUAUCAGUCCGAUUAAAAAAAUAAUUUCAAAGUAAUUGCAAUUAAUUAGAAAUUUUCAUGGUAUAAUCAUAAUGUAAUUGAUUACAUUUAUACGUACUCAACCUUAUGUCUGCUGUGUGGCAAAUAUUUUGAAAAGCACCACUUUCUGUAAUGUAUUCAUUUAUUAAGGUCAUAGGUCAUUAAGUAUGAUAGAUACAGGUGACUGAAAAGAUGAGUAGGUUAAAUGUUGUGUUAUAUCAUUAUUUUGUACAGAUCAUGUUCUUGUGACAAGGAGACGAAGAAAAUAAUUUUUUACAAGGCGAUACAAGCUUAAGACUUUACUCAUGAGUCAUUACUUACAUUAUGUUAUGUCUACACUUCUAUAAUUUUGUAGUAUUAGUCAUGUUUCUGUUUAAAUGUCUGUUAUCAUAAACUCUUGUUGAGUAAUGACUGUAAAAAAGUCAAAGUUUUCAAAUUGUCCUUGUAUAAUUUAUGAGCUAACAUUUGUAAGCUUAAGACUUUCAUAUGAAAUUAAUGUAAGUGUAAAUUUAAAAGAAGCAAAAGAUGUUACAAGACACCAAAAAAUAAUAAGGUUUUAAAAAUAGUGUAAUUUUGGGGCUUAAUUGUUAAUAUUUUUUUUACAAAUUAUCUCCCUUUAAGUUGGUAUUUGCAGCUUCAUUGUAAUUAUGAGAUUCAUAGAAUAAAUUAUAGGUCAAAUUUACUAACAUUAUAAUUAUCUUUAUAUACUUGUAAUAAAAAUUUGUAAAGGUAAUUUAUGCAAAAGAAAGUUAAUAAUAAGCAUCUGAAAAAUGUGACGGAAAAAAUCAUGUUGAAAAAGUUAAUUCCAGAUAUUAAAUACAGCAAAAUCUAUUAAAUCAGAUAUUACUUAUUUUAUGUAAUUUCCUUUUUCAUGGUUAUAUAUAUAUUCAAUUUAAAUGGUUACUGUCAAUCACAGUAUAUAUACAUUAGUACGGAACCAGAACCAUGUUAAAUAUUUUUAUUCCGAGUUUGGUACAAGUCAAGUGUGUUGUGAAUUACCAAGUGAUUUAAACAGACAUAAAUAUUUUAAACUCAUUUUUGUUUGAAAUGAUAUAAAGUUUGUUAAAGACUUAAUGAAUGAGACUCAAGAUUUUCUUUUCUUUUUUUCCUUUGAUGUAUGUUUUGUUGUUGAAUGUUGAACAAUUUUGUUUACUGUAAAUCAUUUUUGUAAUAAAAUAAUAAACAUAAAAUGACAUUUGUACAUGAUUCUCAUUUUUCGUUUUGGGCUGUGCAUUUUUUUUACUACAUGAUGUAGAUGUCAACCCUUUUAUCUAGAUAACAAUAAACUUUAAACUGCAA